AUUUUUAUUUAUUGAUGAGGAAAAUGAAAAUGAUAAUGUUUGGCUUUGGCCCGAAACACGAGAGUCCAAGAGGCAAAAGCCUUCCUGCUGCCUGUUGUUGCUUUGUCGCGUUGUUGUUGCUGCCUGCGCCGACUGAAUUGUGAGCAGGUCGCGAAUUUUGAAAUCGCUCCGUUCACGCUGCUUGAAAACUAGGGAAAAAAAGAAUACAAAAAAAAAAAAAAAAAAAACAAUACAUUUCCACAUAUAUGUAUAUUCCUAACGUGCAUCCCAAAUAGCGAAUCUCGAUCAAGUUCGUUUCGCUCCGAGGCUCUGCCAAGAUGAGCGCCAAUAGCAAUGACAAUGUGUCCGAGGACAUCUCAUUGGUCAAGUCAUACAUAGAAUAUUUUGAUGUACUGCCGUUGGAGCUUAAGAAUGACAUUAUCUACUGCCAGCGUGCAAUGCGCGACUUUCUCAAAGUGCACGGGCUGGUGUCCGAUGUGUUCAAGGAGCAGGCCGAUGCGGAUCCGGUGCAGAUGCGGCGCAUCCUCGACGAACUGGAAGCAGAGGUGUACGAGAUCAAUGCUGAGCAGCAAUGGCUAAUGCUGCGCUUGGACCAUCAACUGGACACCUUCUACAAGAAGCUGGAAGAGAACAAUAUACGAAUUUUACCUGAGACGGGCAGCGAGUAUAUCUCCAGCCUGAUAGUGCCUUUCAUUGGCGAUGCCAACUAUAAAAUCUAUCCGCAAUCUGUGUUGAGUCGCGACAGCGAAGAGAUGCUCAUACGCAAGCAUUUCCUAAUCUCACAGGACGACGACGGUGGCAUUGAGCCGCUCAAGCUUAGCGAACUGGACGACAAUGUACCUCUGUUGCUUGUGAAUGCACUAACUGCCACUGCCACUGGAAGUGUCAAGGCCUCCACUAGCGACAAGGCCUGCGAAGCGAAGAUGCUGGAUGAGAAGGACGAAUCGGGUGACAGCUUGAUGAAGUCAUCGCCAUCGCUAUCGCCAUCGCCAUCGCCAACGGAAAUGCAGACGGAGCCGCCGCUAUCGCCUGUAGUGUCCAAAAAGGAGGAUCAUCGUUCGCUACUCAUACCGCGCAGCUCACAAACACCUGAGGAACAGACUGAGAAGUCAACCGAGUCAUCGUCGUCGUCACCACCGCCGCCGCCGCCACCACCACCACCGCCCCCACCACUGGUCGCUGCUAAACAACGUGCGUCACGGGCGGAUGCAAAGCAGGCGAUCAAACGCGUGCAGACAUCGCCGCCGCCGCUAGCGCCCAUUACCAAGGCAACGAUCGGAACAGACUUCGAGGUCGUCGCCCAGAGUCGAAUGAAUUUGCGCCAGGCGCUACGACGCGCUCGCAAAACCAAACAACAACCGCGUCAGUUCGAUGAAGAGGACGUCAUAGAGCUGCCCGUUGACAAACUGACGGAGAGCUCACAGCAAUCCAGCGCUGCGCCUCCCAAAUCAAAAUUGGGCAAGGCGAUAGAAGCAACUGCCGCAGCUGUCCCAGCCACAGGAACAGCAAGCAAGAAGUCAGCGCCGCAGGCUUCCGGCAAACAGUAUAAGACGCGCAAUGCGCAUGGAGUUGGCCGUAAGCAGGCGACGACUCCUCCAAUGCCGGUGGUAGCGGUGCAGCAGCCGGCGGCAGCAGCAGCUGGAGCAUCAACGGGUUCGUCGGGUUCCUCGGAUGAUUCGCAUCAGGAGUUGGAGCUGGAGCAGCAGCGUCUAUGCGCCUCAGCGGCGCAGUGGCGCGAUGAGCCACGCGAAACCCGUGUAAUGCCCUCUGAAUACGGGCGGGAGCAUUUCCUUGGCCUGUUUGGUCUCUACACGCACGAGAUGGUCAAGAAGCUGUGCCAGCGCCACUCGAAACGCAAGCGCCGAACCGUUCAAAACGCAAGCGGCGUUGUCUUUCAUUACGGCCAGAAUUUGGCCGCCUUCGACACGGUGCGUCAAAAGAAGCUCAAGGAUAAGCCGGAGUUUCUCUUGUCGCCCAAGGAUAAGCGGUUGCAAGCCAAAAAGGCACACAAGGCCAAUGCUGCGGCAGCAGCUACAGCCAACCGCAAGAGUAAAAGUAAAACGCCUGAAAAGCUGGAAGAUUUGUUGGGCAACAGUCAGCCGGAUGUCGGCAAACAGAAAUGCAAGGAAUGCAAAAAACGUGGUGAAAGUCUGCAGAGCUGUCAGAGUUGCCAUGGUGUUUAUCAUCUGGAUUGUCAUGAGGAUGCCAAAGGAAAGACGCAGUCGACGUUGACGAUGUCGCAGGCGCAGUUGAGCAAUCGUUGUCCGCAGUGCUGGCGGGAUUGGAGCUUGUCAGGCAGGGUAAAGGGAGUUGCUUCGUCCUAGUGCUAAUAUUUGUUGUUUUCGCUCCACUGUGAGCAUUCUGGCCUUUUGUUGUACAGUGUAUCCUGACCGUUGAAUCCUAAACUAUGUUUGUACAUAUAUGUAUAUUCAUAUAUAUAUAUAUGAACAUGUAUAUAU